UUUCCAGUUCAGUCUGAUUAGCUGCAUAAAGCUUGCCGUUCAUGUAUGUGUGUUCACAUCCAUCUACAUUUUUUUGGUAUUUAUUUUUCUACAGUGCUGUUCCAAUUGGAGAGGAAAAAUAUUAGGGGGCCAAGAAAUACUUUGGGACUUGCUGUGAAGACUCUGGAAGACACUUACAAACGUCAAGACAAUAAGAAUGCUUUCAGCACUGCUGUUAAUUCUGCUGCACUUCCACUUAGGAAGCACUCAGCCGUGUUCUCAAGGGUUCCAUGCUGAGCGACAGACAGGACAGUGCAUAGAUAUUGACGAGUGUCGGUUGUUCCCAAACACCUGCAGAGGGGAUAUGAGGUGUAUCAAUCAGAACGGAGGGUACCUGUGUGUUCCACGGACAUUCGGGGGGGGUACGACCUAUGCAAGGCCGAACUCCCCAUCCUUUCCUGGCUUGACCUAUCCAGAUUCCUCAGUGUCCUUCUCAAAUCCCUUCCCUCCUGCCCCUGCCCCUGUCCCUGUUCCAGCACCUAACUUCCCCACACCAGGAAGAUCGAUCCUCUGUCGGUUUGGGUACGUCAUGAGUGAAGACAAUCAGUGUGUUGAUAUCGAUGAAUGUGCCACCGAUGCCCACCAGUGCAACCCCACCCAGAUCUGCAUCAACACGGACGGAGGAUACACCUGCUCCUGCACAGAUGGCUACUGGCUUGUUGAAGGACAAUGCCUGGAUAUAGAUGAGUGCAGGUAUGGAUACUGCCAGCAGCUGUGUGCCAAUGUUCCAGGAUCCUACUCUUGUACCUGCAAUCCAGGCUUCAUCCUCAAUUCUGACAGCAGAUCGUGCCAAGAUGUGGAUGAAUGUGAUGGAGAAAACCCCUGCGGCCACAACUGUUUCAACACCUACGGCUCCUUCUUGUGCCGCUGUGAUACUGGCUUUGAACUGGGAGCUGAUGGCAUUACCUGUGAGGAUAUGGAUGAGUGUGGUUUCUCAGAUUUCCUUUGUCAGCAUAAGUGUGUGAACCAGCCAGGCUCAUAUUACUGUAUCUGCCCUCAGGGGUAUUCAAUCUUUGAGGAUGGCAGGGAGUGUCAAGAUAUCAAUGAAUGUGAGACGGGUAACAACAACUGUACAUCAGCACAAGUAUGUUUCAAUUUCCAGGCAGGAUAUAAAUGCUUAGACCCUGUCAAUUGUGAAGAGCCUUACAUCGAACUCGGUGAAAACCGCUGCAUGUGCCCUGCAGACAACAUUGGCUGCAGGGAAAAGCCUUUCACAAUCCUAUACAAGUACAUGGACAUGGCCGGUGGGGGGCGCAGUGUACCCACCGAUGUGUUUCAAAUGCAGGCGACCACUCGCUAUCCUGGAGCUUACUACAUCUUCCAGAUCAAAUCAGGCAACGAGGGCAGAGAGUUCUACAUGAGGCAAACCGGGCCCAUCAGCGCCACCCUGGUUCUUACAAGACCGAUCAAAGGACCGCAGGAGGUCGUGCUGGACCUAGAGAUGGUCACUGUCAACAGUGUCGUUAACUUCAGGGGCAGCUCUGUCAUCAGGCUGAUAAUAUUCGUCUCUGAACACUCCUUCUGAUCCCCUGGCCCUGCAGACACAUCGAGGGCACUUUCCCUUUUCCACUAUGCAGCUUGUCUUGUUUUAAUGGAUCUGUUGCUGCAGGCAUUUGUAAUCCAAAUUACAAACUGAGAAUCCAGUGCUUUCUAGAAUGGAGCAGGGUUGAACCAUUCCAGAAUGGUGUCAAAAUAUAUUACAAACGCAUCUAUUACACAAUUGUUUCACUUAUUGUAUGCUAUGGUAAAAAUCUUUCAAACUCACCAGUGCAAUUUAAAUAGUAAAACAAUCACAGGGUUAUAGAUUUACUGCAUUAUUUCAGUGAGUUUAACCAUACGCAUGUAACGCAUUUCAGCAUAAUGUUUUGUAUUUGUAGUUCAUAAAGUAAAGGAAUUGGCCUAUAAACAAUGUUAAAGGGGAUUCCUCUCCUUAAUAAAAUUGUUUAUUAGACAGAA